AGUGAAUGAAUGAAUCACUUGAAGAGUGCAUUCAUGGGAAUGAAGGGCUCGAUUGGCACAAGAGAUGUAUUGAAAUGGAGUUAUCGUUACAGCAAUUGGUCUUACAUUCAAACAAAAGCCGACAAAUAUUUGUCGACAAGAUUUCAGAUCUGGAGAACCGACUGAAAGACGCCCUCAAAAGGGCCGAAGAGUCGGAACUGAAGUACUGUUCCAUAAUUGAGUCACUUAUCGACAAAUCGGACCGAAAGUCAAAGACCGGUGAAGAGGAAGGUAUGAAUGACUCGACGCCUGAAUUGAAUCAAUUGAAACACGCGAUGGAAGAGAAGGAGAAAGUGAUCAAUGAUUUGGAAGUGAAGAUCGAAGAGCAGAAGAAACUGAGACUUAGAGACGCGAAACAAGUGGAGGAAAAGGCGGCCAAAAUCAAGGAAUGGGUGGCCAUUAAACUGAAAGAACUCGAGGUUCAGAACCACUCUCUCAGAGAACAGAACAGGAAAUGUAACGAAGAGUUGCUUUGCUUUAAACAACACUUACAUAACGCCAGUCCUGAGACCCGACGCAAAGUAGAGUACGUUCUGAACCAAUACUCGGAUCAAAGUUCACUCACUUAUGCCAACAAUCGGUUAUACGCCUAUCAAAACGUGUCCACUUUUUCUACGAAAGACGAGAUUCAAGAAUUGAUAGCAAAGAGAGGCCUUAAACUCUCGGAUUGUGAAACACAUUCCGAAUCCUCAGAUGAAGAGGGAGUGAUUAAAGCAUCAAAUGAACGAUUUGGUCGUUCAAUCCGACCUCAAAAGCCUAUUCCUCCGCCAAGAACUCGAAUUCUGAUGGGUUCUAAUGAUUCAAACGAUUCGAGUGGUUAUAGUAGUCGUCAAACAAAUGCAUUGAAUUAUUUUCCUCGCGCCGGAAGUCUGGACCGAAAGUUAGCGGAUAUGAAACGAUUGAAUUUUAAUCAACUCAAGAAAAAGAAGAGUGGAUUUGCUGCCAAUGAAGUACACGACUAUUCAGACAUAUAUACGCCCACUAAUGAAACCAAAACUUCACUCAACCAUUUCGAGUCUAACGUGAGACCACCCACUCCUCCACUACAUCGGUGUCCUUCAUGGGAGUCCCGUAUAUACAGAAUCGCGAGCACUGGUAUUCCCAGCGCUUCUUCAGCCAACUCGACGCCAAACCACUCAAUACGUCAACUCUUGAAAGCAUCCAAUCAUUGCACACAACAAUUGUCGCCAAAAACCAUACUAAAUGAAUAUAACGUUCCGGUCUUCGCCACCAUCAAAGGCAGGGCCUCCAGAAUCAGAUCCAUUCCUUUCACAGACGAUUCCACUGAUUCAUCCGAUAAUGAAACUGAUAUUCGCAUCACAACUACAACCAUCACAACGGGAACCACUUCUUCGAGUGGACACGACAGCGAUAUCUUUGCAACUCCUGUCAGACAUUUUACUAGAGAUACAACAGUCGACUCUAAUAUAUCAGAAGAUUACGCUUUACCUCCGGACGCGACCCUUUCGGCCUCAAUGGACGCAAUCCUUGUCGCAGACGUAGCACAAGAAAUAAGAGCUCCUAAAAGGUUUUCAUCGCUUCAGAGACCGUCUUCUAUGAGAGAAGUGAAUGAAUUGAAUCCAUUGAAUGAUGUGAUGGAGAAAAGCGGAUAUUUGACAAAAUUGGGCGGAAGGCUGAAGACAUGGCAGAGACGAUGGUUUACGCUUAAAGACGGGGUUCUCUCUUACUAUAAGAGCCAAAGUGAUGCUAAUAAAGGCAAACCCAGAGCUCAUAUUAAACUCGAUAAGUCGUGUCGAAUCACAACCACUGGAGACUCAACUUUUCAGAUAAUCACUCAAAACAAUAAGAAAGUCUAUUAUUUGACCGCAGAUUCCAUCAUAACUAUUGAAGAAUGGAUUCGUGUACUCAAUAAUGUACUCAAACAAAACACCACUUUUCACAUAAGCGACGAUCAAAAGCCUAUUAUAGAGGGAUUCGCGACGAAAGUGAGAUCAGGACAUUCCAAGAGGUGUUGGGUUGCACUCUAUGGCAGACAUUUGCUUUAUUUCAAGUCACCCAACGAUAAGACUCCUAUCAAUCGAAUCGAUUUGAAGUCAGCAAAAGUAGAAGAAGUGGAGAACGUCUCCGAUUCUGAUAAUGAAGACAUUGAAGACAAUACAAUCACUUCUUUGAUUCAAACCAAAUCCAGUCGACAUUAUUCUAACCAUACGAUUGCCAUAUUUCUAAAACAUUCUUCAGAUCCAAUCUAUUUAUUAUUAUCGUCUAAACAGGAGCUCAACGAAUGGUUAUAUCACUUAUCAGUAGCCGUGACGGGCGAACAUUCCGCUGGAACUCCUUUCGAACAUCUGGUCUCACGUUUAAUGAAAGCUGAAAGUGAUUGCGUCGACACUUUGGACGGCCAUUCCUUAUGGAAAAAUCCUUUACUUCUUUACACCAAAGAUAAUAUCUGCGAACCGUUGACAACACUUCCCAAUGAAUACUUGAAGAGCGAAGCCAUUAAGCUCUUUAAGUCGAUCCAAUUGUUUAUAUCCGUGCCGUUGGACUCGUCAGGCAUUGAUUAUCACGUCUCUCUCGUUCAGAAUUGUCUUCAGUUAUGUCUAACUAAUGCCGAACUUCAAAGCGAACUCUUUUGUCAAUUAGUUAAACAAACUUCAGCCCAUAAUUGCCAUAAACUGUGCGGUAGUUCUGGAGUCCAGCAGUUCCUGUUGUGCGCCACACAAACCAUCUUUACGUGCGACACAUCCGGCACUUGCAGUGAGAAGACAUCGCCGACAUCUGUCAACGAAACCUCACUCAACCCUAACUCUUGCGACAAAAAGCACGCUUUGAAUGUGGUAUUCAUGCAAUCGUUUCAAUUGCUUUCUCUCGCCAUUUCACUAUUCACUGCACAGAACAGAACUCUUUGGCUUUUGAAACAACAUUUGCGUCGAACCAGUGAUACGAAGACAGACGUCGGGAAGUAUGCCAUAUAUUGUCGAAGAGCUUUAGACCGAACCUUAAAGAACGGGCCGCGAGAGUUGGGUCCCUCACGCAUGGAAGUGCUGUCUAUUCUGUUGCGCAAUCCAUACCAUCACUCACUUCCGCACUCAAUUCCAGUCAAUUUCAUGAACCGAUCCUAUAAUGUGGUCGGAUUUGACGGCUCAACAACUGUCGAAGAAUUUUGUCAAUCGCUUAAUAAAGAGGUUACUAUUCGAGACAAUAGUCAGUCCGGAUUUGCUCUCUUCAGUGAUGACCCGAUUGACAAAGAAGUGGAACACCUCUUGGAUUGUAAAGUGAAAUUAGCGGAUAUUAUCUGCCGCUGGGAACGCGUUCUUCGGGAGAAUCAUUUCGGCAAAUUUGAAAACACAAAAGUCGUGAAAUUGCUUUACAAACAAAGACUUUGUCUCAAGAGUUGCACCAAAUCAGAGACUGAAAGGGAAAGACUUCUAUCUGUUUAUCAAAUUAAUAAUGAGAUAGUUUUGGGAAGAUUUCCCGUAACUCAAGACCUGGCGCUUGAAUUGUGUGCACUUAUGGCUCAAAUAGAAUUCGCAGACUUUGUUACCAUAAGUCGUCCGCAAGUAAUCCUUCAGCAAGUGAUCGAUCGCUUCUUUCCCAUACAUUUCAAAGAAAGUAAUUUUUUGAAGACUUUGAUGGAAGCGAUUCGUGACAAAUGGAUGGAAUUGAAGGGAAGGCCAGCAGUGGAUUGCGUGAGAAUAUGUCUCAACUGUUGCCGAAAGUGGCCCUUUUGGGGCUCCACUCUCUUUGAGGCUAAGGUCGCCAAACAAGUGAAAUACAUGGACUCUUGUAAUGCAUUGCCUGCACUCAUCACUAGUCAUACAAAACUAUGGAUCGCUGUCUCCGACGACUCCAUAGCACUCUUAGAUUUUGAUUCAUUUCAUUUGAUAACUCGCUAUACAUAUAAAAAUUUGAUGACAUUUGGCGGCUGUAAACAGGAUUUAAUGCUCGUCUUCUGCACCCGAAACGGUCCGCUCGAAGCGGACUCGGGUUCGGGCACCGGCUCUGGCAGUUCGCGCACUGAUAGCCAACGCUCAGAGCGUUUGCUGUUUAUAAUGAAUAAGUCAAAGAUCAUCGAAAUUACACUAUUGAUUGCCGACUAUAUCAACAGUGAUUCUGCCCUCAAUGCCGUCUCUACUCUCGACACAUCACACGAAACGCUUGACUCUUCGCUCGACAAAUACUGGACCGGAAGUACUUUGUUCUCAAGAGUGCCAUCACUUAAGAUCAGUUCCACAACAUCUCACACUAAACUAUGAACUACUCAUUGAAACACUACUUUUUUAUUACCUUUUUUAACGUCAGUCUUAUUUUACAGUAAACUCUGUUUUUAUAUACC